AUGGACCUCAAGCCUUUUUAUCAAGACAUAGAUGAGCUUAUAAAUGAUUUUGCUAAGAGUGGAUCAACUACUUUUACAGAAUUCAAGAGAAUAUGGCUUUCGAAAAAAUUCUCGUUUAUGUUUGAGGCAAGCCCUUCCACCAACCAUGCUUGCUUUAUGCAGUCAUUAUAUGCACACUCCAUUGGCUAUAUGGUGUCAACUGGUUCUCUUCCAAAUGGAGUGGGCGGGCUGUAUUGCUCGUACUGUUUUUAUGAGGCUCAGCCAUUCAAGCCACCUUUCAAAAUUUACUUAUCUCUUGGAGACAUGAAAAGGAUUAAGUAUCUCGUUGUAGACACAAAGACAAGAGACAUAAAAGUUGUUUCUACUUUGGUCAAGAGAAUGCUAGAGAGGAAUGUGUUUCUUUUUGGUUCUGUGGAUGCGAAUGAAUGCUCUGCAACAGAGAGAAUAAAUGAACUCACAGAAAUACAGAACGCUCGUGUCCAAGCUGCGUAUAAGAUGUUAUUUGCGGAAACAAGGCUGGAGAAAUUCAUCCACAUGGAUUUGGGAAGGGAACUUGAUGUUGAUUUGAUCAAGAAAAAAGAAGCAGAAUAUGCAGUUGCCAUGGAGCUAUCCAUCAGAGAGGCCAGCAAGGCGAUAGAUGUACAAAACGUAAAGCACAUAGCAGAAAACAAGAUAUCGAUUGUGGACACAGUGGAGAAGAUUGCUUUAGAUUGGAAUUUUCAGAAAGAAUCGUUUUAUAAACAAACAGGAUUUGGUUAUCAACCUGCUGCAGAACGCUCACAGAACCACGAGACUGAAUAUUUUGAACAGCAAAGUUCCGAUAAGAAUGUCGACCAAAAUGAAGUCUUAGAAAAUAUUGACAGUCGAGAAGUCAAUGAGAUGUUUGAACGGCGGGAACAAAAUGAUGACUUUGGUGAUGAACUAGAAGUUCUUCUAUCUCAACGUUUCGAAAGUGAUAAUGAAGAAACUGAAGAAAAUGAGCAAUGGGAGGAAGAUGAGAAGUUAGAAGAAUAG